AUGUGUGGUGAUAAUACUUGUGUUGAAAGUAGUGUAAGUGGAGAAAGUACCGAGAAUGUGACUAAUGUGGAUACUGAUCACCAUGAUAGUACUGACAGUAACAGUGACAAUAUUGAGAAUGUGGUUGGUACGGGUGAAAGCAGUAAUGAACUCCAGGUUCUGACUGAAAAUGUUGAAGAAGUGUUAGAUACUAGCCUCGACACUGUUACAAUGCCAAGCAACAUAUAUGCAGCUAUGGAAAUUCCUGAGUGGAGAGCUGCUGUCAUGGAAGAAAUGAAAGCUCUUGAAAAGAACGGUACAUGGGAACAAGUUACUCUUCCUGAGGGACACAAGAAAGUUGGUUGCAAUGGGUGUUUACUGUUAAGUAUAGACCUGAUGUUUGAUGUGAAGAAUGAAUUCCUUAAUGGAGAAUUAGAAGAAAAAGUUUACAUGAGUCCACCUUCAAGGGUACAGUCAGGGACAUUCAAACCGCACCAUGUUCACAAAGAGUCUGUGUCUAGGAAAAUGAUAGUUCUGAUUGUGUAUGUUGAUGACAUUGUAAUCUUGGGGGAUGAUGCUUCAGAAAUAGACAGAUUGAAAAAAAAGGAUGGCUGA